AUGGGGAGUGAUGAUACUAAAACCCACAAUGAUAAUACGGGAAAUAACUGCGGUGAUGUUAAACAGGAUAUUGAUUUUGGAGGGUGUGACAAUGGCGUUAUGGGUGGUGAUACUGAUACUGACACUGAUAUUAUUACUUAUACUAACAAUGGGGUCUUGUGCCCAAGAGACACUGAAUUUACGCGGAUGCCAUUCAGUUUAUCGGGUAGUCCAAUGACCUUUACCAGGAUGGUAAACACAGUUUUGAAUGGGUUAUUGAGUGAAAAUAUUUUUGUGUACAUGGAUGAUAUAGUAACUGCAACAGAAUCGAUGGGGCAACACUUGGAAGUGCUUAAGGAAGUACUUAGGAGACUUAGGGACCUAGAAAAAUCUGACGACAGACUCAACAGAGACGAUUUGUGUCGUGCUGAGAGGUGUGGUAUAUGUAAAAGACCUGCAACACCUCUUCAAUCACAAUCAGUAAUAAACGGAACCAACCUGGAGGAUCCACAAGGACUUGAUACGAGAUAUGUCUCCUUAUCAAGUGGAGCAGAGGUUCAGUGGCAAAUGAUGACGUUACCUCUCAAAGAUCAUGAGCUGCAAAACGCCACUCCUGGGGAAGAAGUCCUUCUUGACCUUCCCGAGGAAGACGAAGUGUGGGUGGCUCUCUGGAACAAACUUGGCCGAGAAGUCGGAACUGAACUCAGCUUGUUCCACGAGCUGGAAAAACACCGACAUCUCAACAUAAAUGCAUCAAAAGAUUGGUCAAUUAUCUGCAUAAAUAAAGUGCGGAUCCUUUAUGGAAAUGAUGUUCACCCUGUAUAUAACAAAAGCCUGAACGGAAGGCGGUUGCAGAUGAAAAGCGACGGCGAAAUUCACUUCCAAGUGUUCCCCGUUCCUUUGAAGUCAACAGAUGCAGCCCCUCCGCCAGCCACAUUCCUCAUCGCCAUAGCAGUCGUAGCAACCUCUGUGGUCAUUCUGGGAACUUUCUUUGGAUGCAGGUUCUUCUGGAAGAAGAGAAAUGCAGGACCGACUGAAGGUGCAACAGCUGCAAUGUCCACCAUCAACAACCCCAGCUCCGCCGAUGAAGGAUUAGUACCAACGGCAGAACACUUCGGAGAAAGUUCAUUUCACGUCAGUGAAAACAUGCUUUAUGGCUUUGUCAUCCGCAGAUGAUUCAGCAGUCAGGAACAGAAGCAUGACAUCAUUAUUGGGGGGAAGUUGGAGGUGUUUGGUUUGUGUAGUAUGUCCUGUUUCAGAAACAAUGAUUAAACUGCAAUAGAUUUUUUAUCGUAGGAAACCAUUUUCUAAAUAAAAGGUAUAUGCUUCUAUGAAAGUCAAUACUAUUUAAAAAAAAUAAACCACUAGUUUUUGUUAUAGAACAUUUUACUCAGAUUGUGGAGAAAUGAUUUAUGAUCAAUAAAUGACGAUGGCUAAAUACCACUGGUUUGUUAAGAAGGGCUCAAAAGGAACGGUCUCCUUAUGGUAAUCAAUUUGUAAUGAGAACCUUUUUCUUGGCAGUUGUCAUUCAUAAUUUGCUGACUGAAAAUGACAUUAUAUUGCCUGCAUUGAAGCUUUUGUUUAUUUGCUUUAUUUACUUAAAGACUUUUGAAAGUUUGAAUGUACUUUGAAGACUCCAGAAGGGCAUCCUUCUGUUUAGCUGAUAUUAAAUCACUGGGUCCUUCUAGUUUGUCU